AUGGGUGCCUGUGUCGAAAGCAGUGUCCAAGCUACUGGGGAGGCUCUCAUCUGGUUGAACUCCUUCAGCUCUGCAGGACACUGGGGCACCACAAUCCUCUUUGCAGCCUUUGCCGUCACUGUCGUCAGAACGCCACUCCAGAUGAUCACCAAGCAAAUUGUCAACAAACAGGCCGAAGCCAUGCCCUUACUCCACGCCUGGAGUUUUCAACUCCGUUCCAAUCGCCUCUCGAAUGCUCUGCAACUAGCCCGGACUCGGAAAAGGCUCUUCAAGGAACGAGGAUGCCAGAACUGGAAGGCCUGGGCCCCCGCACUCGGCAUACCCAUCUGGUUUCUCAUGUCCGAAACUCUGAGGCGGCUUUGUGGUGCUCGUGGAGGCUGGCUGUCCUUGUUGUCGGGUAACUAUAGGGACGCCGCCCAGCCAACUGCUGAUGCGGCGGCAUCUCUCUCAGAGCAGGCGUCUGCGCCCCUAUCAUCUUCAGUUCAAGCUGUCUCGGACGGCCUGCAGUCUCUCGGCUCGACCGUGGAAGCUGGUAUGGCCAACGGCGGCAUGUUGUGGUUCACCGAUCUCACGGUAGCCGAUCCCACAAUGGCCCUGCCCGGAAUGCUGAUGUUGACGAUGGGUUACGCAAUGUUCCCGAGGCAAGAGGAGAUGAGAAAGCUUGUGUUCGACCUCGGAAACUCCCAAGUGUACAUGGCCCCCGGCCUGAGAUGGAGGGUUCGUCUUCAGAGGGGACUGCUUGUCUCGGCAAUCCUCGUGCCCGCGCUCUGCAGCAACCUCCCAGCCGGCCUGUUUCUUUACUGGACCGCGUCCAUGGCCUUCAGCCAGGUCUCUGGCAAGGUGGUAGACGUCGUAUUUCCGAAGCCUCGCGCCGUUCAACCUUGCCGGCGCAAGGAGCCCAUGAUCUUACCGGUAUCAUAG